AUGAGCGUGCAGUCCGUACCACCCGCCAGCCGGCUUGCUCCGAGUCGACACCGGGAGAAAGUGGCGGUCAGGGAUGCUGCUGCUGCCAUGACAACCCCGGCGGUCGGGGCCCGCGCUCGUCUGGGCUGCUCCCGGGAGGAAGGCGGCUCGGAGGCCGGGGGCGGCUUCUGAGCGUGGCGUCCGCGCGUCCCCGCGUCCCGUGCAGCGUCCCUGGAGGAGGCGGGGGCCGCAGUCCGCUCAGCUCCCCGCGCCCAGAGCCUGCGCCACCGCGCACCGCGGACUGGCGAGGGCCGGGCUGGUAGGACUCGCCCACUGGGCUACUGGGAGGACAGCCUCGGAGAGGAGGAAACUGGUUACGCCUGCUGCCGGUCACCGUGUGGAACUUUUUAUCGCCUUGGGGUCCAGACGCGAGACUCGGGGCUGUUUUCUAACUCUAUCCAAACAUGUGUGUGAUCUAAUAAAACAUUUUCUCCUCUCCUUGAAAUCAGGAGCUUUUUGGUUUUUUUUAAUGACAUCUCCUUUCUGUCAGAGGCACUUGCCUUCUUUGGGUUAUAAACUUUUGAUGCCAGACCUCUGCAGAACGCGCCCAACUGAAUCUUAAAGUAGCUUCACCAAGAGAGGCAGAGAACGCACAAUCUGUGACCUUCGUCCCUGCUCCUUCUUUCGUGCUCUCCCUCCCCCCGGGCUCCCUCCGCCCCAGGGAGCAUCGAGAAAGCUCUUUUUUUGGAUGCAGGAAGGGGCAUCUGGUUCUGCUAGGCUGGAAAGCUGAGGCUGGAGCCGAGGAAGAAUUAUUAGGCUCCGGAGAGCCUGGACUCAGCCUUGCCUUCUCCUGCUCCCAGCUCCUGGUUUGCUUUCUGUGUGCUUUCGCCCCUCAACACUUCCGGCUGUUCUGAGAGGGCAAGGGACAAGGAUCGUGCUGCUGCAGGAGUUCUGGGAAGUUGUGGCUAUCGAGAAUGGGGGUCUGUGGGUACCUGUUCCUGCCCUGGAAGUGCCUCGUGGUCGUGUCUCUCAGGCUGCUGUUCCUUGUACCCACAGGAGUGCCAGUGCGCAGCGGAGAUGCCACCUUUCCCAAAGCUAUGGACAACGUGACGGUCCGGCAGGGGGAGAGCGCCACCCUCAGAUGUACCAUAGAUGAUCGGGUCACCAGGGUAGCCUGGCUAAACCGCAGCACCAUCCUCUAUGCUGGGAACGACAAGUGGUCCAUAGACCCUCGAGUGAUCAUCUUGGUCAACACGCCUACUCAAUACAGUAUCAUGAUCCAGAAUGUGGAUGUAUAUGAUGAAGGUCCAUACACCUGCUCUGUGCAGACAGACAAUCACCCCAAAACCUCCCGGGUCCAUCUCAUAGUGCAAGUCCCUCCCCAGAUAAUGAACAUCUCUUCAGACAUUACUGUGAAUGAAGGAAGCAGUGUGACCCUGUUAUGUCUUGCAAUCGGCAGACCAGAACCAACGGUGACAUGGAGGCAUCUGUCAGUCAAGGGCCAGGGCUUUGUGAGUGAAGAUGAAUACCUGGAAAUCUCAGACAUCAAACGUGACCAGUCUGGGGAGUAUGAGUGCAGCGCCUUGAAUGACGUCGCUGCACCUGAUGUUCGGAAAGUAAAAAUCACUGUAAACUACCCUCCCUAUAUAUCUAAAGCCAAGAACACUGGUGUUUCCGUUGGUCAGAAGGGCAUCUUGAGUUGUGAAGCCUCUGCUGUCCCCAUGGCUGAAUUCCAAUGGUUCAAAGAAGAUACCAGGUUAGCCACUGGCCUGGAUGGUGUGAGAAUUGAGAACAAAGGUCGCAUCUCCACUUUGACUUUCUUCAAUGUCUCAGAGAAGGAUUAUGGGAACUAUACCUGUGUGGCCACAAACAAGCUUGGGAACACCAAUGCCAGCAUCACCCUGUAUGGGCCUGGAGCAGUGAUUGAUGGUGUAAACUCAGCCUCUAGAGCACUGGCUUGUCUCUGGCUCUCAGGGACCUUCUUUGCCCACUUCUUCAUCAAGUUUUGAUAAGAAACCCUAGGUCCUCUGAGCAUCGCCUGCUUCUCCAUAUCACAGACUUUAAUCUACACUGCGGAGAGCAAACCAGUUUGGGCUUCUUUUUGUUUUUGUUUUUGUUCUUCUUGACUAUUUUGAUUUUUGAUUUGAUUUCUGGGAUUUUCAAAUUUAUUUCCUUUUUCUUUUUGGUUGAAUGAAUGGGGCUGGGGGUUGGGAUGAGCAGGGUUCUACCAAGGGUAGGGUAAUCAUUAAUUGCUGUGCCCCAAAAUGGAAUCUAUUCCUGCUACCAUGGCCUUCCUUUUCUCUACUUCUCUUCUUACCACCAUUAACACACACACACACACACACACACACACACACACACACACACACAAACACAUACACCAUAAAAUGAGCUAAAAAAUGUCCCAUGACAAGUACCCUGAAGGUACACCUUGGCUCAUAAUGCAGUGCACAAUAAGAGUUGCAUCUACAUGUCUUAUUUUCUUUGACCCUUAAGCUUUCAAUAAGACAGUUUUAAAAGUGCAUAUCCUUAUCCCGAUGCUAAUAUCAUCUAUCCCAUUAGGCUUCAUACCUUUUCUUUCUAAGAAGUUGUCUAACUAUAACCUUAAAUGUGCACACAAAAACAUACAUAUGUAAAAAUUUGCCAUCUUCUCUGAACAUUCUGCUCUAUCUGCUUUUUUCCACUAUCUGUGAAACUAUACAUGUACCCAACGCUACAAAUUUAGGAGUCGAGUAAACACAUAAGGGAAGUCUAUGUAGAGUAGUACUUCCCUUAAAAUGAUGUUGCAACUCAUAAAAAACUGAUCAAUAGCUGACUAAUUAUAUCAAGCUAUCAAAGCAAUCAUACUAUUAUUCAGUUACUCAAUUGAUUUAUAUCUCCAUCUAGUUCUACACACCUGUCUUUCUUUCUUAUAAUCUGUUGGCUCUAUUUGUCUAAUUAUUCUUUUUCUCUUUCCACUACACAUUAGCAAUUUAUCCCAUAUUAAUCUCUAAUCAUAUUAUGUCUGUGCCACUAUCUCCAUUUUUUCACUACCAUCAAUAGACAUUGCUACCUUCAAAAUUCGCUAGUAACUUCUUACGUGAAAAGCCAGUGAUGUUUCUGGCUAACUACCCAGAAGAACAAUUUCCUAUGCCAUGGAUCCUUGGGAAUGCAGUAACCCAUCCACCCAAAUUAAACCUUGUGAACAGAUGGACCAAAGUAGCAAUCUAAAGAUCAGUCACUCAUGAUUUUCAGAGAGGCUGUUCCCUGAGCCACCUUCUCAGGAGACAGGGCAGCCCUGGAGAAGCCUUGAUUAUGCUGCAUUUCUCCUUUAACAACCGGAAAAUUAAGGUACCAACCCCGUGCUUCUCUCAGCCUUUCAAGAAAAGUACAUGUCAGGAACUUGGAGAAACUUCUUCGUGGCUGGCUUUCAUUAGCAGAAAGAACCUCACCCCCCUACCUCCCAAAAAAUACACAUAUCUAUACCUUCGAUGUAAAGACAGAGGUCCAUCAGCCAAAGUGUGAUAACUAGAGCUCAGAAUCUCCCUUUUACUCCAGUUUUGAUUUGAAUUGUUUAAAAAUUAUCCAGCAAAGGGCUGAUGGAAGCCAAUUACAUGGUGUGUGUGUUGACAACUCUGGUAUUUGUUUCAGAAAGCUCUUCUGAGCUGAGGGCACUUGAGCUACUGACUUAAUUUCCAAGCACUUGAUUAACACAACAUGGCAAACAGAGGGGGAAGUGUAAGUAAUACUGUUUUCCUGGGCUGUUUCUCUUGAGGCUUUGGGGAUAAAUAUCCCCAAAUUCCUAUGUUCAAAGCAGGCCUCGUGUACAAAGAAGAUCUGAUUCCACCUCUCAGCAUUGUCUCUUGGGAAAAGAAGAACCCAACCAACAAGGGAACCUGUAGUUCAAAUGAACAUCAUUAAAGGUCACAAAGGGCUCUCUGGAGGAACUGGCUUACUGAGAAGUUGAGAAGAAGCACUAGCAGUGACUUUCUUAAAGACAUGUCCUGCCUCCCUCAGGGACCCUUUUCAGGUCCACCUCUAAAAACUAAAUGACUUUGGGCUCCAUUAGAGUUCACAUCCCUUAGAGCUUAACUGAUCACUUGUUGCAGUAUAACUCUGUGGCACCAUAGCCACACAAAUACAAUACCCACAGUAGGGACAUAUAUACCUGUGUAUACAUAUUCACAUAUAUACAAAUGCAGGCUUCCUUGGCAUACUAAAGCUCAGCACUGUCAUAAGAGAUAGAGCUGGUGUGAGCAAAAUUAAUACUCUUCUUGCCAGCUGUAAACAGACAUCUGCAUUUCCUAGUGAGCUGCCAAGAAUGAGACUCUGGGAGCAUAAAUGAUGUGCCAAAAACAGUCUAUUUAUUCCAACUUCCAGAAGCAAUCAGGAGCAGGCACAAAGUCAGAAUUACAGGUCGGAUAUAUGAAUUUCAGAUCUGUCACCACGCUCAGCACCUGGGAUUGGGUUGGUGUCAAGCAUUAUAUGAGACAUAAACAUGGCAUUUGCGUUUUCUACUAAAACUACAGUUGUUGCUUUAGAGAAAAGGAAAUGUGGAUGCCAUGGAAACUGAAAAGUGUUGGGUGAUGUGCUGCUUGAAAUGGACAAGCCCAAAUUGCUCUUCACUACCUUGGAUCAUCAGAACCCCAGUUGAUAUGAACUCAGGGUCAUCAUGUAUCUCUGCUGUGCCUACUUUCACUGGAUAGUAGAAGUUUCUCUGGUGAUUACCUACUCCACCCAAACUUCAGAAGGAAACACAUGCUACAGUCAAUCCUCCUCUGUCUGGAAAAAAGAAAGCCAAGUAGAAAUGACUAAAGGCAACUGGGUACCAGAUAUGAAAGUGACUUCCUCACAGCAAAUGUGCCCCAGCUCUUGCUAUUUGAGUGACUUUGGUAAGCAUGACUCUAUGUGAUGGGAGCUGAUUCCCAACACUCUGCAGCAACUAGAACAGCAACUGCUUACUAAAAACAACAUGCACACUUACACAUGCCUUUCCAACUUUACACAUGGAGGAUGGACAGAUCAGGCCCACUAGACAAAUUUUUUUACCUUGCCAAGGGUGGCUGUGAGGAAGGUAUAAGGUUAGGAAAAAAAGAAUCCCAUUAGUCUAAGUAGCUGGUAAAACGUUGUGGGUUUUCUAAGUGAAAACCAAAUACAAGUUACCUAAUCAAGAGAUUAGAUAAAAGGAAGUCAGCAAAGGUCCUUAUUCUACAACUUCUCCCCUUCCCAAACCAAUGCUAAUUUGUUCUUCCACCAAAGUAUGCCAAUGAACGUGCUAGUGUUCUGCCUCUGUCAAAGCCUGUUUUUGUGAGUAGUUUAAUGUCAAGUGCCUGAUACAGUCAUCUGCAAGUUUAAUCAAGGGUGUUUGGAUUUUCUUUUUUGUUCUUAUUGGGAAGGUUGGAGAUGUAGUGGAUUACUUUUCAAAACAUAGACAGCUCUGACACAGAGAGCUAAGUAUGUGGCUCUUCUGCAGUGGGCUAAGCUGUGUUCAACAGACAGAAAGGAAUAUCUGCAUUACACCAAGAUGGCUCAUGCCUGUCUUUACACUGCUGUGGGCUAUUGUUCACAGGUUGGGAAUUUAGUUCUCAAAAUAUGGUCAUAAGUUUGGUCUGGAUUUCUAGGAUCCUCAUAACUAAGGCUGUGCUUUAACUAUCUCUUUUUAUAUUCAUCUGGUCAAGUUGUCCUCAUCAAGAAGGAAUAGCAAAUAUACCUACAAUAGAAAAAUUAUCAAAAGAGCAGAAAUCUCCCCAAGAGGACACAGGAUCCUAGAGAGUUUAUCACAGCCACUGAAUAAAGAAAAGUUGGAAAUUUAAUACUAAUGAUUUCAUUGAUGCUUCCAGGGACAAAGAACACAUAUUCUUCAUAGCCUGUAUGGCUAUUACCAGUCCCAUAAGACAGUAGGGAGGAAUAGCUUAUGAAGAUGUGAGGGAAUAUCUGCCCCCAAUUUGAUCCUGAGUUUUGACAAUACCCAGAAUACCCCUUUCCCCUCCAGAGCUAUUCUUGUUGGAAUUAGAGGAAGCAACAUAAUUCUUAUUUUUAACUUUUUGGGGCAAAAUAUAUUUUUCUCCAACAGCAAGAAUAUUUGGGUUUUCUUUGGCAUAAUCCUUAUUCCUAGAAAUCCUCAUGUCCAAUUGCUUCCCCCCUUAUUAUCCAAAGCUUUGCUCUCUUUCUUUCAAGACAAAUACGUUUAAGUAGCUGCAGUAGCACCUCACAGGUGUUCAAAGAGAAGGGCAACUCUGUACAGGAUGCCAUAUGAUUAGAACUUCUAAUGACCACACAGAAAGCAAACAAGUAAAAAUGCCAGGCUCAUUUCCUUCAUUUCUUACUUAAGAGAAGAGAAGUAAAUGAAAGGAAGAAGAAAUAGAUUUGCAAUUACAAAUGUGGCAAAAAGAUAAAGCAGAACUGGUGCAAUUUAGCCUUCAGGUGCAGAAUAUGGAGGCCAAAGGAAUGUGGAGUGGACUUAAUUAGAUGCAGUUGUCUUCACAGUGAAAGUAGUCAGCUAAACCCAAUCUCCAGCAUUUUGGAAGAGACUUCCUGCCCCUCCUCCCCUGAGUGGUGCCCUUUAUAGGCACAUGGUUGUUCCACACCACUAGGUGGAAAAAGAUUGAGAGCUUCCCACCAUCCUUGUGGGGCCAUUCUAGGUUAUUUGGCAGAGUAUAAGAAUCUCAAUAAUAACAAUGGUAAGUAAUAGCUGCCCUUGUGUUAGUGAAGAGGAACAUUUUUAAUCAUUCAGAAAUUUUCGUGACAUGUAAAGUGCAAUUGUGAGGAAUGUGUGGGUGUACGAAAAUGUAUCUGUCAAGUUCAGAGUCCUCUAGAUUAAAAAAAAAACUUAUAUGAUUAUCAAUGGUGCCGUUAAUAGAUGUGUUGGACAAUGGGUGUACCCAUUUUCACAAUUAUUCUCUAAACAAAUCUAUGUUCAGAUGCUUUAAAAUUUUAUCACAUGAUACAAGAAUAUAACUUUGUCAGCCUUUUAAAGUUCUUUUUCUUUUACUUUCUUAUUUUUUCUUUCAAAAAAUCAUUGAAGACUUGAUUUCUGUCAAUCAUUGUAUUGAGGGUGAAUAUACUACCUGAAUUUUGUGCAUGUUACAUUGUAGUUGUAACCUUUUCUAAUUCAGGAUGAAUACAAGAUGGUUGUGAUUGUGCAGUGUAUCAAUAAAGUUUGAAGAAAUUUGUAACUU